CCUCUGCAGGUGAUGUGUGACUCGGGUGACACUGAUUGGCUGUCGCUGAGGCCCGUGGAGCCGUGUCCUGAUCAGUGCUGUGGCGGUGGCUGCUCCCCCUGUGUUUAUGAUCUCUAUCAAGCUGAGCUGGAAUUGUGGGAAAAGGCCAAAGAGCGCGGAGACCCCCAACUGCUGAGGAGAGCCAACACAGAGCAGCCACAGAACCCCAGCGUGCUGCUGAGCUCGGAGGAUUUCAGAGAGUUCACAAUCUUCUCGGUGGAACAAGAAACAGAGGACACCAGUCGGUACCGAUUCCAGCUUCCUCCUGGAGCCAGUUUGGAACUGAAUUUGGGUCAACACCUCGUAGUAAGGGGAAGAGUGAACGGAUUGGAUAUACAAAGGGCGUACACUCCCAUCAGCUCCAUAAAUGCAAAAGGCUACUUUGAUGUUUUGAUCAAGAUCUAUGAACAUGGUCUGAUGUCACAGUAUAUAAGAUCCUGGAGAGAAAGAGACUCUGUGUCGUGGAGGGGGCCAUUUGGAGGCUUCCCAUACAAAGCCAACAAGUUUGGUGAGCUGCUUAUGCUGUGUUCAGGAACCGGGCUGGCCCCAAUGAUACCAAUCCUGACUUCUGUGACUGACAAUGAAGACGACGAGACCUUCAUCACACUAGUUUUUUGUUGCAGGACUUUUAAAUGCAUCCACAUGAAGAGUUUUCUGCAGGAGCAAGCACGUUUCUGGAACGUCAGACUAUUUUAUGUCUUUAGUCAGGAAGGAUCAUUACAGAACCUACCCAUGAGCUACAAGGAGAACUCCAAGAUCGGAAGGAUCAACUCUACCUUUUUGGAGAUGGUGUUGGACACAUGCAGAAGAAAACCCUACGCACUGAUCUGUGGCUCAGCCUCAUUCACAGAGGACAUGGUACACAUGGUGAAUGAGCUGGGGCACAACAAUGACUCUAUCUUUUCUUUCUAAACCAUUUACAGACGAAAGGCAACCUGUCA